ACCCUACUCUGCUCGCUGCGUACGCCCGCCCAUCUGCGCUCACCAUGGCCAACAUUCAGCAGCUGGUAGGAAGAUGGCGCCUGGUGGACAGCCAAGGCUUUGAUGAAUACAUGAAGGAACUAGGAGUGGGACUGGCUCUGAGAAAAAUGGGUGGAAUGGCCAAACCAGAUUGUAUCAUCUCCUACGACGGCAAAAACCUCACCAUCAAAACCGAGAGUACUUUGAAAACAACACAGUUUACUUGUGCCCUGGGAGAAAAAUUUGAAGAAACUACAGCUGAUGGCAGAAAAACUCAGACCGUCUGCACCUUCACAGAUGACGCACUGGUUCAGCAUCAGGAGUGGGAUGGGAAGGAAAGCACCAUCACAAGGAAGCUGCAAGAUGGGAAGCUCAUGGUGGACUGCGUCAUGAACAAUGUCACCUGUCAUCGGGUCUAUGAGAGAGCAGAAUAAAAAUUCCAUCAUUGCUUUGGACGGGAAUUAGCUGCACAAAUGAACGAGCUCAGUUCAAUGAGCAAAUCUCCAUUUUGCUUCUUUUUUUUUUUCACGACUAUGUUCAAUUAUCUUUAUCACAAACCUUUUACAUGCAACUAUUCCAAAAGUGUUGGUUUAAUUAAGAUCAUCCCUUUGGGUAGUCAAUAAAUGUGUUUGUGCUAAUA